ACAAUAAACUCUCUAACACUCUCAACACUGGUUUGCAGAAAAACUCCCUACUUUACUGUCCUCUGCAAAGGAUUGCUCCAGCCUGCACAUGGUCCUGCAGGACACUCCCUUUUCAGAAUAAGGCUUUUCAGUAAACUUUCCUCAGUCAGUCAGUCACAGGACUUUUACUGUGAAGACCCACACAAAGCCAACAAGAGAAUCAUGAAAGAGGAAACAACUUCUGCAGUGGAGUCUGAUCAGGAUAAACAGACUCUUCCAAGAGGAAAAUGGGCAAACAAAAUGGAGUUUUUGCUCUCCGUGGCUGGAGAAAUUAUUGGUCUUGGGAAUGUUUGGCGUUUUCCUUAUCUCUGCUAUAAAAACGGAGGAGGUGCUUUCCUGAUCCCAUACUUUGUGUUCCUCUUCUUCUGUGGCAUCCCUGUGUUCUUCUUGGAGACAGCAUUGGGACAGUACACCAGUGAGGGUGGGGUGACUGCCUGGAGGAAGAUUUGUCCUAUGUUUGAGGGAGUGGGGUUUGCAUCUCAAGUGAUUGUGAUCUAUUUAAACAUUUAUUACAUUGUGAUUUUGGCCUGGGCUAUUUUCUAUCUUAUUAACUCCUUCAAAAGCCCUCUGCCUUGGUCUACGUGUGGUAACUGGUGGAACUCUGAUGCAUGCCACAAUCGAUCCGGGUUCUUAUCCAACCCCGAAUUAUAUCACAGAGAAGCAAACUGGUCCUUCCUCUACAACGUUUCCUCAGCUGAUUACCUUGAUAUGUUUAACUACAGUGAUCCAAUAAUCAUCAAAUCCCCAGAGGAGGAGUUCUUCAGAAAUCGUGUGUUGAGAGUUUCAGAAGAUAUGUCCAUGGGUGCGUUCAACUGGGACCUGUCUCUGUGUCUCCUGUUUGCAUGGGUGAUUUGCUACUUCUGCAUCUGGAAAGGAAUCAAAACAACUGGAAAAGUAGUGUACUUCACAGCAACAUUCCCUUACCUGAUGCUGCUCAUCCUCUUCCUCCGCGGAGUGACGCUCCCAGGUGCCAGAGAGGGCCUGAUGUAUUACCUAUAUAUUGACUUGAGCAAGCUCGCAGAUCCUCAAGUGUGGAAUGAUGCAGGUACUCAGGUGUUUUUCUCUUAUGCCGUUUGUCAGGGAGUCCUGACAGCUCUGGGAAGCUACAACAAAUACAACAAUAACUGUUACAGGGAUUGCUUUGCACUGUGUUGUCUGAACAGUGCCACCAGCAUCUUUGCUGGCUUUGCUGUUUUCUCAGUGCUGGGAUUCAUGGCGCAAGACUUGGACAUUCCCAUCGGGGAGAUAAUGGCAGCUGGUCCAGGCCUUGCUUUCGUCGCCUAUCCAAGGGCUCUGUCGUUGAUUCCUGGUUCAUCUUUCUGGGCUGUGCUCUUCUUCCUCAUGGUCCUCUUCCUGGGUCUCGACAGUCAGUUUGUGUGUGUGGAGAGCCUGGCCACGGCCAUCACCGACCUGUUCCCAAGCCGCCUGAGGAAACCAGGUGCCAGGGAGAUCCUGGUUCUCGUCAUUGCUGUUAUUUGCUUCUUGUUCGGGCUUCCAUUUGUUACUCAAGGGGGAGUUUAUCUCUUCACAGUUGUUGAUUAUUUUGGCCCCAGUGGAACCAGCCUCUUGGUCAUUGCUUGUGCCGAGACCAUCGUUGUUGCCUGGAUUUACGGUGCAGACCGCUUCUUGGAUAACAUUGAGGAUAUGAUUGGAUAUCGUCCAUUUCCCAUGCUGAAAUACCUCUGGCUGUUUGUCACUCCUUCAAUCUGUUUGCUGACAGUUCUGUGUGGUUUGGUACAAGCAAGCCCUUUCAAGAUAGAGGGCUACUCACUUGGAUUUGGGUACUCUCUAUUGGCUGGUUUACUAAUGGCUGCACCACUGAUCUGCAUCCCAGCUUUUAUUUUUUUUGCCUUGUACAAGGAUCCUAAAAGGAUGACAAGGGCGUCCCAGGAUCUCCGGCAGAUUCGACCACACAAACCGCUGCUGACUCUUUGCGGUUCUGUCAUCUUCAAAGCACAAGAGCAGACAAAGGAGAGUGAAGAAAUAAGAAAUGAAAAACUGAUGGAAGAUUCCAGUAAAGUCUAAUUCGGGGGGGAAAGAAGUACAAAUACUUUUACAUACUUAGUUUACAUAUUUCUGCAGCUUGCAGGGAAAUUUUGUUUUUCUAAUUACUCUUCAAGACAUAAAGUGUGAAUUUUAUAUUUAGUCCAUGAACAUAUAUGCAUGUAAAACCAUAAACAAAACAGUUUUGUUUGUUUACUUUUAUCAGCUUUAUGAUGCAAAUAGAAAUUUACAUUUCUGAGAUUUAUCAGGUCUGUGGGUGGUGGAGCUAAAGACUUUUAAAAAAUAAAUCACAAUCAAACAAAAUUAUUAUGACAAAACCAAAAUGAAAAAUUAUUUCAAGAUAGGAAGCUAAAAAUGAACAGAAUAAUCUCUAACUGAGCAUUGUUUGCCAAUCAUACCAGGUGAGACGGACUGGUGAAAACAGAAUGUCUUAAAAGAUCAAAUAUGCAAA